AUGGAAGUCUUGAGGUUUCUUCAACUGGAAGUGAAUGGCCUCAUGGUGACAGUGGCUCUGUCAGUGGUCCUCUUAGCCCUCCUGAAAUGGUAUUCCAUGUCAGCAUUUUCAAGACUGGAGAAGUUGGGUAUCAGACAUCCUAAGCCUUCUCCUUUUAUUGGAAACUUGAUGUUUUUCCGCCAGGGUUUCUGGGAAAGCCAGUUGGAGCUCAGAAAGCUAUAUGGACCUCUGUGUGGGUACUAUUUUGGUCGUCGCAUGGUUAUCGUCAUCUCUGAGCCAGACAUGAUCAAGCAAGUAUUGGCUGAGAACUUCAGUAACUUUACCAACAGAGCGGCAUCAGGUUUGGAGUCCAAGCCAGUAGCCAACAGCAUCCUGUUCUUACGUGACAAAAGAUGGGAAGAGGUCAGAAGUGUCCUGACUUCUGCUUUCAGUCCUGAAAAGCUGAAUGAGAUGAUGCCCCUAAUCAGCCAAGCUUGUGACCUGCUCCUGGCUCAUUUAGACUCCUAUGCAGAAUCUGGAGAUGCUUUCGACAUCCAGAGGUGCUACUGCUGCUACACCACCGACGUGGUUGCCAGUGUCGCCUUCGGCACCCAGGUGGACUCCCAAAUGGCUCACGAGGACCCCUUUGCGCAGCACUGCAAGCGUUUCUUUGCAUUCUCCAUCCCCAGACCUAUCCUGGUUUUAAUCUUAUCAUUUCCAUCCAUAAUGGUCCCACUGGCCCGGAUUUUGCCCAAUAAGAACCGAGAUGAAGUGAAUGGCUUUUUUAACAAACUCAUUAGGAAUGUGAUUGCCUUGCGGGACCGGCAGACAGCAGAAGAGAGGCGGAGGGACUUCCUCCAAAUGGUCCUGGAUGCCCGACAUUCUGCUGCCUCCGUGGGCGUGGAGAGCUUUGACAUCGUCAGACAAGUCUUUUCCUCCACCGAAUGUGCAGCAAAUCCUUCCCAGCAACACCAGCCCAGACCCCUGUCCAAGCCUUUGACUGUGGAUGAGGUCGUGGGCCAGGCCUUCAUCUUCCUCAUUGCUGGCUAUGAGAUCAUCACCAACACACUCUCUUUCGCCACCUACCUCCUGGCCACCAACCCUGACUGCCAAGAGAAGCUUCUGAGAGAGGUGGACAGUUUUAACGAGAAACACACGGCCCCUGAGUACUGCAGCCUCCAGGAAGGACUGCCCUACCUGGACAUGGUAAUCGCAGAGACCCUGAGGAUGUACCCACCGGCUUUCAGGUUCACGCGGGAGGCAGCACAGGACUGCGAGGUGCUGGGGCAGCACAUCCCUGCGGGCACCGUGGUAGAGACAGCCGUGGGUGCCCUGCACCACGACCCUGAGCACUGGCCGCGCCCCGAGGCCUUCGACCCAGAGAGGUUCACGGCCGAGGCCCGGCGGCGCCGGCGGCCCUUCACGUACCUGCCGUUCGGGGCGGGCCCCCGGAGCUGCCUCGGGGUGCGGCUGGGGCUGCUGGAGGUCAAGCUGACGCUGCUCCACGUGCUGCGCAAGUUCCGGUUCGAAGCCUGCCGGGAGACCCAGGUACCACUGGAGCUAGAAUCCAAAUCUGCCCUGGGUCCAAAAGAUGGCGUCUACAUCAAGAUUGUCUCCCGCUGACAGUCAAGUGUUACGAGGGCACCCCCUAAUUCAAAGAAAACCCUCAUGUGGAAAUUCAGAUUUUUGGAAAAACAUCACUGAAGCAAUUGAAAGUGUGCCUGGCAUGCAAGUAUAAAAGAGGACAUUUACAUAACAUUUCCUAAAUGCUUAAUAAACAGUUGUUGCACUUA